AAGAAAGAGAAAUUGACGAGGUUGCGAAUGAAACUGAACAAAUUGAACCAGGUGAUGAGGCUGAAGCAGCAGCAGUAGCCAUUGAAAACGAAGAGAAAGAGGGAGAUGAUGAUGCAGCCGCAAUGUUCUCUGCAUUAAAGAAAAAGAAGAAAAAGAAAAAGAGUCCACUUGAUGCAAGUUUUUCUUUCGAAGAAGAAAAACUAGACGAAGAAGUACCGGCAGCAGAAACAGGAGAAUUUCUAGAUUUGUCAACGAAAAAGAAAAAAAAGAAGAAACCUGCUGAUUUAUCUGAAUUCGAAAAACAGCUCAAAGAAGGCGAGGAAGAAGAGACAAAAGGCCAGGAAGGUGGCGGUAGUGGAGAUGUAUUUGUGCAUGAAGGUGGUGAAGAGGAGGAAAAGGAAUCGCAUGGGGAAGAAACAUGGAUAGGCACCGAUCGUGAUUACACAUAUUCUGAGCUUCUGGGCAGAGUUUUUAAAAUUCUUCGACAAAACAAUCCUGAAUUGGCCGGUGAAAAGAAACGAUACACAAUUGUUCCGCCAUCAGUUCAUCGUGAAGGCAAUAAAAAAACUAUAUUUGCAAAUGUUGCUGAUAUUUGUAAAAGAAUGCAUCGACAACCGGAGCAUGUUAUUCAAUUCCUGUUUGCCGAAUUGGGGACAAGUGGCUCGAUUGAUGGCUCUCAACGUCUCGUGAUCAAAGCUUGCCUUCAAUUUAAUCCAAUUCUUGGUCAAUUUGAACAGAAUCAAAAACGAGCAUCUGAGUUUCUUGCAAAAUACGGACCUCAAGAUAUCGAUGUAGUGGUUCUUCCAGAAUUAGCAUUUACCGGUUAUGUAUUCAAUGAUAAAGAUCAUAUACGCCCCUUUUUGGAGGAUGCAGAAACCGGGCCUACUGUUCGUUGGGCAAAAGAACAAGCUGCACGAUUAAAAGCAUUUGUAAUGGUUGGAUAUCCUCAACUAGUAAAAGGUGAAACUGACCGAUAUUACAACAGCAUCUGCUUUGUAAAUCCACAAGGAGAGUUGGUCAUCACCUAUCAAAAACAUUUUCUUUACUCUACCGAUGAACAAUGGGCCGAGGAAGGUCCAGAAUUUAAAUCUGUUUGGGUGGACGGAUUGGGAAAGGUCGGAUUUGGCAUAUGCAUGGACCUCAACCAAUAUAAAUUCAGGUCACCCUGGAGUUCUUAUGAAUUCGCAACCUUCCAUCGCGAAAAAAAUACCCAAAUAAUUUUAUGUUCGAUGGCGUGGCUUGAUUCUGACGUUUCUGACGACGAAUGCUCGGAUGUUUCAAAUUAUUGGUGUGCACGGAUGGUACCACUCUAUUAUGAUCUUAUCUCUUCACAUAAAACAAGGAAUCAUCAUGAUAAUCUAGCCGAAGAGGAAGAAGGUCGGAGAAAUGAGGGGGAUGUGAUAUUUGUUGUUUGUAAUCGUACUGGAACCGAAAAUGGAACUACUUUUUGUGGAAGUAGCGGUGUAUUCCUAUUAUCUCCAAAAAACAAUGAGGCUAAACUAUUGAAGGGGCUUAAAAAGCGGGAAGAAAAUGUUUUGCUAAUUGAUGUUUCUAAUAAUUUAGACGGCAAAAAUGAUAAUUUGUGA